CCCGCCUUCACGUCACAUUGAUGAUUAUUCUGUUUUCCUCUGACAUCUGAGUAAAAAAUGGCUCCUUUCAGGGUUUUCGAGGGCAAGCUUGCCAUCAUUACUGGUGCCUCGCGAAGCUUCGGCGCCGUCGUCGCUGAGCACUUCGCCAGCAGAGGCGCCAACGUCGUCAUCAACUACGCCACCGACGGGUCGACGGAGACGGCAAAAGCCCUCGCCAAGGACUUCGAGGCCAAGUACAACGUCAGAGCCCUGGCCGUCAAAGCCGACCUGAGCAAGCCUGAGGCUCCCCAGCAGCUCGUCGACGCCGCGAAGGCUCACUUCACCGACGCCAACGGCCGCUUCCAGAUCGACAUCCUCAUCAACAACGCCGCCACGGUCAACGCCCAGGGCAUCGACCAGCUGGACCUCGACCUCUUCGACGCCACCUUUAACCUGAACUGCAAGGCGCCCGCCCUGCUCGUCAAGGCCUCCUUCCCCUACCUGCCCACCGACCGCUCCGGCCGCAUCGUCAACAUCUCCAGCGCCACCACCACCUGGGGCGUCUGGUGGCAGACGUCGUACGCCGGCACCAAGGGCGCCAUCGAGGCCAUGACCCGCGUCUGGGCCCGCGAGCUUGCCGAGAGGGCGACGGUCAACGCCGUCGCCCCCGGUCCCAUGGACACGGGGCUGUACUCCAGCCUGCCCGACGAGCCCCGCGAGGCUCUCCGGCCGUUGAACAUCCUCACGCCCCUAGCCAAGGCCAGGCCCGGCGUCGACAGCCAGGAGGUCCUCGACCUGGCCCAGAGCAUUGGCGGCCGCCCCGGCUACCUCGAGGAGGUCGCCGGCGUUGUGGGAGUCUGCUGCUUGCCGGAGAGUGGAUGGAUGACGGGCAACCUUGUCGGUGCCAGCGGAGGCGGUGCUUUCGUUCGUUAAGCGGCGAGCUUCACAGGGAGAGGGGGAAUGGAAGGUAGUUGCAUUGCCAGGUGUUUUGGAGCGAAGAUGGUCUCAUAUUUCAGGCAUGAUGUUGUAGCAGAGUUUUGACGUAGACAGGGGACAUGGGGCUGGCCCAAAGAAAGACCCUUUGAAAGAAUACAGAAACUCCGUUCACUCC